UCACAAGUUGAGUGAAAACUUUCAGGAACAAUCUGUGGCUGAAAUAUCCACUGAAACACGGAUAUAUUACCCUGAAAACUCAAAGAUGUGGAAGUCAGUCGUGGGCCACAAUGUGAGCAUGAAGGUGGCUGCAGAGGGGGACGACUGGGAGACGGACCCUGACUUCGAGAAUGACGUAUCCGAGCAGGAGCAGAGGUGGGGAGCAAAGACCAUCGAGGGCUCGGGACGGAAAGAGCACAUCAGUGUUGCAGAGCUCAGGAAAAAUGUGGCCGUGGAGCACGAGAAGGGGAAGCAGAAGGAAGAGACUCCCAAAGCGUCGUACGGAUACGGAGGGAAGUUUGGAGUCGAAAAAGACAGAAUGGACAAGGCGGCUUUGGGACACGACUAUGUGGCACAAGUGGAGCAGCACUCCUCCCAGAAAGAUGCAGCGAAGGGGUUCGGCGGGAAGUUUGGUGUUCAGAAAGACAGAGUUGACAAGUCUGCCAUGAGCUUUGAUUACAAAGGAGAAGUGCAGCAACAUGCAUCUCAGAAAGAUUACUCAAAGGGAUUUGGAGGAAAGUACGGAGUGGAGAAGGAAAAAGUGGAUAAGGCCGCUUUGGGAUACGACUAUAAAAGCCAGACAGAGAAGCACCAGUCGCAGAAAGAUUAUUCUAAGGGCUUCGGAGGAAAGUACGGAGUGGAGAAGGAGAAGGUGGACAAAGCUGCUCUGGGCUACGACUAUAAAGGAGAAACAGAGAAGCACCAGUCACAGAAAGACUACGCCAAGGGGUUCGGAGGAAAGUACGGAGUGGAGAAGGAGAAGGUGGACAAAGCUGCUCUGGGCUACGACUAUAAAGGAGAAACAGAGAAGCACCAGUCACAGAAAGAUUAUUCAGCAGGUUUUGGAGGUCGUUAUGGGGUUCAGGCAGACCGCAUGGAUAAGAGCGCAGCCGGCUUCUCAGACAUGGACUCUCCGACCUCAGCGUAUGAGAAGACUCAGCCGUUAGAGGCCUCGAGUGCCGGUGCAGGAAAACUGAAGGCACGAUUUGAAAACAUGGCCAAAGCUUCAGACGACGAGAACAGAAAGAAAGUAGAAGAAGAGAGAGCGAGAAGACAAGCCAGAGAGAGCAGAGAGAGAGAGGCAGCCAGACACAGACAAGAGGAGGAGAGCAGAAGACAGGAGGAGGAGGAGAGCAGAAGACAGGAGGAGGUUCAUCCACCACCUGUUCCACAUGUUGCUCCACAUGUGGCUCCACAUGUUGCUCCAAAUGUUGCUCCACAUGUUGCUCCAUAUGUUGCUCCACAUGUUGCUCCAGAAGAGGAUCUAUAUGAGGAUGCAGGUGUGGAGUAUGAUAUGCCACCACCAGAAAUCCACCAGCACAUGCCAGAGAUAGAAGAAACACCCGAACCAGAGCAAGAACCAGACGACGAACCAGAAUACGAAGAGCCCCCGGACCUGCCUCCACGUUCAGACGACUUCCUGGAGCCGGACGCUCCCCCGCUGCCCCACAGGUCCGAGGACGUGGAGGAGGAUGAAGGAGGAGAAUACGAGGACAUCGGUGACAUGCCUCCUCCAGCUCCCAAAGUUGAUGAUAACGACUAUGAAGACCUGUCCUGUGGCCAGCAGGCGAGGGCGAUCUAUGACUAUGAAGGAGAGGCCGACGACGAGAUCUCCUUCAACCCGGAUGACAUCAUCACCAACAUCGAGAUGAUUGACGAGGGCUGGUGGAAGGGACAGUGUCACGGCCGCGUCGGACUCUUCCCGUCUUCUUACGUCGAGCUGAUUCAGUGAGACGGACCGACUCAGGGAGGUUCUGCACAGGCUUCACUCAAACAAUCAUGUUGUUAAAGGAAUACUUUGUCCUCAAAAUGAUCCGUUUAGCCAUUUUUAACUGUAUCACCUUGGUUUCUUCAAGGAGAAUUUGUUUUUCGCCUCCAUGGGGAACAAAGAAUUAAAAAAUGGAGAAAGUUCUUGAUGAUUUGAAGCAAGGGUUCCUACUUGCACAAGCAUGCUCUGCAGGUCUCAACAAGUCAAAUGUAAUACUUUUUAAGACUUUUUAAGACCAUAAUGAAUACAAUUUAAGACCCAUUUCACAUCCAUACUGGCAAAAAAGUACAAAAGGAAUGAAGGAAAAUCAGAGGCCUGGAAAUACUUGCAAAAUAUAUGAAUUUAUUCACAGCUCUUUCACAUUGGAAUAAAAAAUGCUUAACCUAACUAAAAACACCAGAAGCCUCUCUAUCGAGAACUAAUAUUUGUUAAGAACUUUAAAUUCUGACUGUUUGAUUCUGAUUGUUUAAAUUCUGACGGGCUGCUCAGGUACUUACCCCGUUUUAUAGUUAUGUUAUAAUAUAAUUUUUUUCAAAGCGAGACUAAAGUUUAUGCAUUUAUUUUAAAUAAAAGUUAAAGUUAAUUCAUUUUUAAGACCUUUCAAAUUGUUUUAAGACAUUUUAUGAGAUUUUAAGAGAAUUUUAGACAUUUCAAGGUCUUAAAUUCAAAUUAUUGGAUUUUAAACAUUUUAAGCCUUUUUUAGACCCCGUGGCUACCCUGCAUGACAUAUUUAAAUUGUAAGAUUUUAGUGAAAAUCCAUGUUUGUGAAGUUCUGAGCAUACAACUCAAUGAGUUUUGACAGUUUUUCUUUUACUUAAAUAGAACCAAAACUUUUCUGUUAGUUCUUUGUUCACCAUAGAAGCAUGAAGGAAAAUAAUUCAGGUGACGUGGAGUGAGUUCAUUAUAUAAAAAUGAUCAUUUUGGCUGUGAAGUAUAAAUGUAAACGGAAAUAAUUACUUUUAAAAAUGUAUUUAUGGAAAGAGCAUUUUGACAGAAAUCUCUUCUGAAGAGCUGAUUUCUGUAGUUUUAGUGUAAUAUCUCGUUGAGGGUCUGUGGCAAUGAGAAUCGUAUGACCACAUCAGUGGCCACGAGUUCCAUCUUUUAUCUGCAAUGAACUGAUUUGAGUCAAUAAAAUAUUCUACAGAU